AUGAAGUUUGAGAGGAGAGGAUUCAAUGUUUAGAAACAAGAUUAAUCUAUAAACAUUAACAAAGAAUCAAGUAAACUCAUUAGAUAAUCUCAAAUUUAAGUUUUAUUGAAUUAAUUAUUGACUUGCCAUCUUUAUGAUAGAAUGGCUCAACAUUGCAAGAAUCUAUACGGUCUGUUUGUGGAGUCUUAUGUACCAGAAUGCUUAGAUGCUAGAAAUUAUUUCUAAUUAUGUGUUAGAAUGAAUGUCUCUUGUGGAUUGGCCAAAAACUAUUUUCCCAGGGUCAUCUUAUCAGAGAAUAUUAGAUAUUUCUUAACCAAUGAGUACUCAAGACCAAAUCCUAAUUUAAAGAAUUAGGACUUUGAUCCUUUAUAUAAAUAAAUUUAUUAUUAUAGUAAUUAUUAAUUCUUUAAAUUUUUAUUCAUCAAUCUAUAAGUAAACUGA